ACUUGCCAACUGUUCUACGAACAAGCGCUCAGUACCAGAGAGAACAUCAGCGAUAGAAGGUAACAGAAUGAGCCGUUUGAACGAAACGUUGAAAGGUGAGCCGUUGCCUUUUGCAGUCCAGCUCAUCAUGACCAUCGUAGGACUGCCGCUGUGCUUGACAUGUAUCCUUGGCAACGGGGUUCUGCUGCUGGCGAUAUACACUCAGAGACACUCACAAAAAAGUCAGCUCGCUUUUAUCGUCAACCUCGCUUUCACCGACGUCAUCGUCGUUGUCAGUGGGCUGCCUUUUCUCGUGAUGGACGUGGUCCUCCCAAGUCCACCUGUGGCUGGACCCCUUCAUUGCAUGCUUAACGGAUUUGUGUUUCACCUUUCAUGCCUGGUGUCGGUCGAGAACCUGGUGCUCGUGUCCUUCACCCGCUACAUGAAUGUUUGUCACAACAGAGUCUUCCACCGGUUUUUUAGUUUCAAGAGGAGUGUCUUCGCCUGCGGACUCACCUGGUUCUUAGCCUUGAUCGUGUGCGCACCUUUAACUGCAGGUUAUGCUUACAACUACGACACACGCCUUCACCUGUGCAGCGUUGUCGCAACGAAAAAGUUGUCGAACUACUACGCCUUUGUGGUUAUUUCUUUCAUGAUCCUGCCAACUGUGUCAAUCUACAGCUUUAACUUCAAAAUAUUCUGGUUCUGGAGGAGGUCUAAGCGACGGUUGGAGCGUCGAGUCACCCUGAAGAAAAGCCAAAAGUCCCGGACCAUGCAGUCGUCACCUUCCGCAGGUUUCAAAAAGAAAAGCUUGUAUCCUGAUCUCGGAAUUUUGCCUAUUUCCCCUGAACAGCGAAACAGUUUGUGGAUCCUGGAAGAUAGUUUCGAGGAAAUGAUGACUCCAAAGAAUGAGGACCAUGUUAACAUCAUGUCCUCCUUCGAAAAUUUUCCUCGAGGGCUGGAAAGUUCUCGAAACGGUCAGACCAGCCUCGACCACGCCCGUCCGUCGCAGAUCCGACGCAGUCGUAAGCGACGCUGGCACCAGCCGCGGAUGAAGAGGUGUGUCUACGUAGUCGGAGACACCGGAAGUGAAGGGCUUUCAGGCUGUAAGAAGCCCAGUUGUCCACCCAGACCUCUCGAACAGGACGAAAACAGCCUGAUUGACAGCAUCCUUGUGUCCCUGCAUCCCGACUGCGUCCAACACUUCUGGGGGACGUCCUCGCUGAGCGACAACGACCCCUCGUCGCCUGUGAUACUUCUCUCUUCCCGACCUGUCACCUCAAUGACCAAUGACCAUGACCUUGGGACGACGAAAGACACGCACGACAGGGCAACUACGACAGCUACAACAAAAACGACAACGGCAAAGAAAACGGUCAUCGUGGUGACACGUUGUGAACAGAAGUUGAUCAACACCCUCCUGGCGGUGACGGUCAGUCUGUUCGUCCUUCACACGCCCUAUGCAGUCUGCGUUCUUGUGGACAUCUUUCUGGCAGUGCCGGCCGGGGUGAAGGUCUGCGCAGCUCUGCUGCUCUUCAUCAACAAUUCCAUCCACUGGAUUAUCUACGGUCUGAUGAACACGUGCCUGAGCAAACCUUACAAAGACGUAGUUAAAGCAUGCUGCUUCAUAAAGCCUGAGGCUCCAUGAGAGGAAACAAUGAAGAGCAGGAACAAAAUGAAUGUGUGAUUCCUAUAUCACCUGAGACUCAUAUAUAUAUAUAUAGACUAUAUAUCCUAUAUAUCGUUGAAUAUUCAUAUAUCAGUUUGAUAUCGAUGAAACCUGCUUUGGUUGUUCGAGAGACAUCUCCAGGACUUAAAUUCUUUGACGGAAAUACCAUGAAGACAUAUACUCUCUACUUCCUGCUUCGAAAGGGUUAAAAUAUCGAAUAUAAAAUAUUGUAGGAAUGGAGGAGAGGGGUUAACAUCAUAAUGUCCUUGUCAUGGGGAGAAUGUAGGACGUAGCAUUUCGUCAACGGCGUGAGGACGUAAUGCUUACCUUCCGGUGCAGUCUACGCUCAGAUAUUUGCAUUUCAUGUAGAGAUUUUUAUGUUUUAUGUUUCCUUCAGUCAUAAGCACAAACAAGUCUCGAUUGAAAAUCUUUGUUCACAGUCAUGAGACUACAAGUACCAGACCUCUGUAAAGUCUCACGUAGAAACAAAAGCUUCCAUGGUUGUGAGUGUGGUUUAAUACGCUAAUUGUUACUAGUAACCUGGUUUUUUUUUUUUAGUUUAUGUUUCUUUAAAACUGACAUUUUCAUCGGUAACCAUUGCCGUUUGCUUAAAGUAUUGUCUUUCACGAAAUACACUUGCUCUGAGUGUGUGUGUGCUUGUCCCGCGCGAGUGAGUAAUAUAUUCGAUCUACUACUUUGGUUUUGACCAGGUUGAUGCCUGCGGUCAAAGGAAAAAAAGCAAAACUACUUGUAGUGAGAUGUAAUAUUUGUGAUAAAGAAAGACGUGUGAAAGAAAAUGUUAAAUAUAGUUUCCUUCUAUUUCGGAAACAGUGUGAUUAGUUUGAAAGUAUCAUUAUCUUUCUUCUGUUUUAAUUGUCAAUAAGACACCAUACUUUGACAUUGUUACCAAUGCAUAUGAUGUGUGUACAGACAGAUGUAGAUUUUUCGUGCCGAUCACCUUAUUUACAUAAAUGAAUAAAUAGAUAAGCAAAUAAAGUGUCAUUUAUACGAUGCCUCCUAUAAAAACAAUUUCAAAUUAUCAAGAGUUGAAGUUAUGUAGUUCAUAUUUUGACAUAUAGCUCACUUUGACAAAAUUGUCACGAAAGAUAUCAGUAAAAGAAUUUAAAUGAAGGCAACGGAACAGAAUUGAAAACAUUCUAAGGAUGGAACAUGUACAUCAGUGAAAAUCUGUACGAAAUAGUCAACUGGAACAUACCGGACGCUGGACAAAUACAAGCCCGUGUCCGCUACGCUUCAGUUGACUAACCUAGUAAGUUUUUAACAUGUGCAGUAUUGACAAAAUAAAUUCUAAGUUUGGAAUAUGUACAGUGUUUAAUAAUACAUUCUCAGGUUGAAGUAUGUACAGCAUUAAAACUAAAUUCUAAGCUUGGACAUUUACAAGAUUUACAAAUAAAUUCUAACGGUAGAACUUGCACAGUACUGAUAAGAUGCAUUCUAUGGUUGUUGAAAAUCAAUCUGUGUCGGAAGUGAUUAUAUGAACAAAUAGUAUGUGAAUAGUACGAAUAGAACAUAUAUUGAACAUAUA